GUGCAGUGUCGCCCCUUCGAGAACGGUCACAGUCAGUUCGGACAUUCGAUUGCACUCGGGAUUUUUCGGAAAAGUUACCGACCCUCUUACUCAGUCGGUCAAAAUGGAAAUCUUCAACACCUCUGGGAUGGAAUCGCUGCAGACAUUAACUCUGGAGCAGAUUUUGGAGGACCACGUACCGGAAGGCUUACUGAAGGAGGUUAAACGUUUGCUUUACGGCAGAGAAGUAGAGGCCCUUGAUCUCCCACAAUUUGGAAAAGACGUGCAAUGCGAACUCAAAGGAUACAGGAUGGGUGGCGCCCUGAAGGAGCAACUCCGACCACCACGAAUCGUCCGUGUAGGAAUCAUUCAAAAUUCCAUCGUCUUACCCACUACGGAACCCGUUCGUGACCAACGAGAUGCAAUACAGAAAAAAGUUCUGAAAUAUGUGGAGCACGCUGCGCAAUGUGGUGUCAAUAUCGUUUGCCUGCAGGAAGGCUGGACAAUGCCAUUUGCAUUUUGUACUCGAGAAAAGUACCCAUGGGCCGAGUUUGCCGAGAAUGCCGUGAAUGGACCUACGACGGAAUUAAUGGCGAAGGUCGCCCAAAAACAUAACAUGGUCAUUAUUUCCCCCAUACUGGAGAGAGACAGCAUUAACGGUGACACUCUUUGGAAUACCGCUGUAGUUAUUGGCACCGACGGAAAAGUAAUAGGAAAACAUAGGAAGAAUCACAUUCCCCGUAAAAACGACUUCAAUGAAUCGACUUACUAUAUGGAAGGCAACACUGGCCAUCCAGUCUUCGAAACGCCAUUUGGCCGGAUUGCCAUCAACACUUGUUACGGCCGCCAUCAUCCUUUGAACUGGUUGAUGUUCGGAAUGAAUGGAGCCGAGAUCGUGUUUAAUCCUUCGGCAACGACGAGCGCCCUGUCCGAGCCUAUGUGGUCCAUUGAAGCAAGGAACGCUGCGAUCGCGAACAGCUACUAUACAUGCGCCAUUAAUCGAGUGGGCACGGAGAUAUUCCCCAAUGCCUUCACUUCUGGAAAUGGAGCUGCCCCUCAUCGGGAUUUCGGCCACUUCUAUGGUUCCAGCUACGUCACGGCUCCCGAUGGUACCCGAACGCCCGGCUUGAAUCGUCACCAGGAUGGACUUCUUAUUACCGAACUUGACCUGAACUUGUGUCGACAGAUUAAGGACUUCUGGGGAUUCCGGAUGACCGCAAGACUGGAUAUGUAUGCAAAGGAACUCGCUCGAGUAACGCAACCAGACUUUGUUCCCCAAGUGCUAAAACAAUAAUUUAAUACAUUUAAAUUUAUGGCGUAUUCGGUCAAACUGAGGUUUCUUAGUGACAUGCUUGAUUUAUACCUUUUUUACCUCCUUAUGGACCACGCCCAAAGAUGUACUAUUACAUACGGUAAUAAAGUAACAUAAGACAUAGCUAUUUUUUACAUUAGAUUUCCCUACAAGUUCAAUUUAUCAAGAAACUUAUCAAGAAAAUGGGUAGAACCGGACGUUCCUUGUGCAUGAGAAUUCACCCCGGAUUUUCAAAAUACGUCUCGAGUUUGAAAUAAUUUAAUGUAACUCGUAGAAGUAAAUGUGGCAAAUUAAAAUUACACGUUACACUGUUAAAAAUAUCUGUUCGACAUAUAGUAUACAUUUCAAGAUACAAUAUCGUUUAAUUUCUACUACAAUUAUGUUCUGGGUUAUAGGAUACGAAUAUAUGAAUUUCAGAGGA